AUGACUUCCAAAGAUUAUCCAUCAUUGUGGGGUUUUGGAACAACAAAAACAUUUAAAAUCCCUGUGGAACAUUUGGAUUUCAAGUAUAUUGAAAAAUGUUCAGAUGUUAAACACUUGGAAAAAAUUCUUUGUGUGCUCAGGUCUGGAGAGGAAGGGUAUUAUCCUGAACUCACAGAAUUUUGUGAAAAUCGUCUUAAAGCAUUGGCUCCUGAAAGUCGAGCUUUAAGAAAAGAUAAACCUGCAUCAACAGCAUCCAGUUUCACAGCAGAAGAAUGGGAAAAAAUUGACAGUGAUAUAAAGAAUUGGGUAUCAGAAAUCACAAAAGAAGAAAAUAAAAUACAUGCUUAUGAAACCACGACAUUUUCAGCAGAAGGUAACUUGCCUCCAGUACGGAGUUCAAACAGCCGACUUCACAUUAGUAAGGAAAAAAAUUCUAAAAAUAGACCAGCUAAAAAGAAAAUGCCAAGGGAUUAUGCAGAGUGGGAUAAAUUUGAUGUGGAAAAGGAAUGUUCAAAAAUUGAUGAUGAUUACAAAGAAAAGACUGUGGUAAACAACAAGUCACAUUUGUCUAAGAUUGAGACAAGAAUAGAUAUAGCAGGUUUAACUGAGUUAGAAAUCACUUCUCUUGCUAUUCGUGAAAAAGAAAAAGGAAAUGAAGCUUUCAACUCAGGAGAUUUUGAAGAGGCUGUGAUGUAUUAUACAAGAAGCAUCUCAGUGCUUCCCACUGCAGUGGCUUAUAAUAAUCGUGCUCAAGCAGAACUCAAACUACAGAACUGGAACAGUGCUUUUCAAGAUUGUGAAAAGGUCUUAGAGCUGGAACCUGGAAACUUAAAGGCUCUUCUGCGCCGUGCCACUACAUACAAACAUCAGAAUAAACCUCAGGAAGCUUUAGAAGAUUUGCGUAAAAUACUACAGGUGGAACCUCAUAAUGAGUUGGCCAAAAGUGGCAUAGACGUUUCCCAGAUAGGAUUAGGCAGUAACUCAAAGACCACAGAAGAGCAUUUUACCUGUAACUCGCAUGAGUCCGCGGAGCCGGCGGGAGCCGAGCGCGCCUCGGAGCCGCGCGCCAUGGGCAACAUCCAGAAGAAGCUGACCGGCAGGAGCGACGGAGGCAAGCGGUCCGAGAGGGGUGCCCCGCGGCGGGGUCGGGCUCCGGGCGCCAGCGCGGACGGUGUAAAUGCAGAGGAGCUGAGUAUCUUAUAUUCAAAUAGAGCAGCCUGUUGCCUGAAAGAAGGAAACUGCAGUGACUGUAUUAAGGAUUGUAACAGCUCUCUGGAACUUCAUCCAUUUUCACUCAAACCUCUCCUACGACGAGCAACGGCCUAUGAAACUUUAGAGCAGUAUCGGAAGGCUUAUGUGGAUUAUAAGAUAGUGUUGCAGAUAGACUACGGAGUCCAGAUAGCAAAUGACAGUAUUAACAGAAUAACAAGAAUUUUAAUGGACUUGGAUGGACCAACGUGGAGGGAGAAACUGUCACCCAUUCCUACUGUGCCCACUUCUGUACAAUUUCGAGGUUGGCAGCCUGCAGCAGAACUGUCUCCAGACCAGGUGGGAGAUUCUUGUAGCCAUCGCCAACCCAGUCUUACAGAUGAAAAACGGUUUAAAACCCUUAAGGAAGAAGGAAACCAAUGUGUAAAGGACAAAAACUAUAAAGGUGCCCUUAGUAAAUACAGUGAAUGCUUAAAGAUUAACAAUAAGGAAUGUGCCAUUUACACAAACAGAGCGCUCUGUUACUUGAAGCUGUGCCAAUUUGAAGAGGCAAAGCAGGACUGUGAUCAGGCCCUUCAGAUAGAUGACGGGAAUGUGAAAGCUUGUUAUAGACGAGCGCUUGCUCACAAAGGACUCAAGAAUUAUCAGAAAAGUUUAAAUGAUCUCAAUAAAGUUCUCCUACUUGACUCAAAUAUUGCUGAGGCAAAGAUGGAACUGGAAGAAGUAACCAGAUUCCUUAAUAUUAAGGAUAACACAUCAUGUCACAAAGAAAAGGAGAGAAGGAAAAUUGAGAUUCAAGAGGUGAAUGAAGACCACGAACAGGAACCUCACAGAACCUUACAGGAGAUCUCCAAAGACUAUCUAGCUUCUGAGAAGGGGGACCCAAGCAGUGAGCCAAAUGAAUACUAUGAAAAACUACUGACUGCUAAGCCUAACAAUGCUUAUGAAUUUGGUCAGGUUAUAAAUGCCAUCAGUAGUAGGAAAGAUAAAGAAGCUUGUGCACACCUUUUAAGAAUCACUGAACCAAAAGAUUUACCAAUGCUGUUGAGUAACAAACUUGAAGCAGAUACAUUGCUCCUCCUCAUUCAGUCUCUGAAAAGUAAUCUUAUAGAUAUUGAUCCUUCAUUGGUAUAUCAACAUCUUUUACAUCUAAGUAAAGCAGAGAGGUUUAAGAUGAUGUUGACACUAAUUAGUAAAGGCCCAAAGGAACAAAUUGAACAACUAUUUGAUGACCUCUCACAUUCACCAAGUGAACAUUUUACUUUAGAAGAUGUACAAGCCUUAAGAAGGCAGUAUUAUUGCUAGAUAUCUUCCAUGCAUGUAUGUUCCAGCAAUGGUAAUGAGACAGAUGGUAUAGUUGGUGUUUCAUGGGUAAAAUCUCACUAAGAACAGAUACCUCGGUUUAGACUAUAAACUAUUUUACUUAUUUUUAUAUAAAGAACAUGUAUAUUCUAUAAUCUCCCUUUUGUUAG